UCACCUACAGUUCACCUACAUCAAGCCAUUGGAAAUAUACCUUGAUGCUUUACAGCCUGAGUUUUGGGGAGGAAUUAGUUUGGGAUUCGCACAAGGACAAGGCCGCAUCAAUGUUGACAAACAGUAUACAGUACUUUGGAGAGAGAAAAGGGAGAUCUCAAAAUAAUUACUUAGCAAGCAGGCCUCUCAGAGAUGAGGAAAUAUCUUGCAGAGUUCAGGCUUAACUAGGCCUCAGCUAGAAUUCAUUCCUGUUUUUUGUUUUUUUUAACUAUACUACAAGGCCUUCUCUUUAUAUGGGGCACACUUGUGUAUUUUCUUUUGUUUACCCUGAACACUUCUGUUUGCUACUAUUUGGUUAAAUAAAUUGUAUUUCUCCAAUACAAUCUGUGACCCGUUUAAGAAAUGACAGCCCCAUCUAGGUUAAGAGGGUGGGGGAAGAAGGGGGCCCCAUUUGUUUAUUUGUUUUCUAUAUCCCCCUUUAUCUAAACAUCACAGGGCAACAGAGAGCUUGUUAGUUAUUUAGCCUAUUAGUAGGGAAGUGGAAGACCUAUCUCAUACCCAGGGUGUGGGUGGAUGUGGCAUUGAGAAGGCUGUGCCUUGAGAGAGCAAUGGCCGUCACUGCAAAAGUGCCACAGUUCCUGCUGAGGAGAAGUGGCUGUGGAAAAGCCCAGUUGCUGAAGUUACUACACCCGGAAGGACUGCCAGCAUUAUGGUGUGGGCCCCUUUCACCAACAUGUCACCAAAGUCACUGUUACUCGGAAGGAAGUCUGUGCCCCCAGGAUCACUGAGGAACAAACUUUGUGGACAAACACUUUCAAUUCCUUUCCAUGCCUUCACUAAGGCACUUUGCUGACUGAGGUGUAGGAAAAGAUGCCAAAAGAUGACCAGACUAGCAGGUGCUGUGUUCUACGUGCAGUACAAAACCUGACAAAGCUGGCAACAGUUUUCACUGUUAUUUAUUUUAUAUUCUGCCCAUCCUCCCGAAGGAGCUCAGGGCAGCAUACCAAGCACUAAGAAAACAUUACAAAAGAAAACUAAAAAUAGUUUAUGAACAUUCUAUUUAAAAAGUUAAAAAUAUACUCCCAUCAGCAAUCUCAGGGUUACCUGGAUGUCUUUCAGCCAUCAAAUGGCAGGGUCAAUUGGAAUUUUUUAAAUAAAAAAUUAUCCUGCAAAUCAGUAAUGAGAGAUACUCCUCACUUAGAAAGGCAGUCUGCAAAUGGGGAACCACCCCUGACAAGGCCCUGUCACAGAUCAUUGUUAAACAGGCAGCUCCGUAUGGUAACAGUACCAACAAGCCCUCACCUACUGAUUCUAGGAUCCAAGAUGGAUGAUACUGGGAAAGACACCUUUAGGUACUGGGUCCAAGCCAUGUAGGGUCUUAUAUGUUAGUACUAACACCUUGAAUUGGGCCCACACUGAUGGUCACUGUGUGCUUUCAAGCCUGAUGUCAGAUGGCUCCAUAGGGCUGCCACGCUUACCAGUUUAGCAGCUGCAUUCUACACUAGCUGGAUUAAAGAUUAAAGAAGAAAGGAGACUGAAGAAUGAAGGCCAUUGCAAAUAUUUUCAUGCAUUUUUUUCUCUUUGAUGCUGUUUUGGCUGGUCCUACAAGGAGUCCUGUAACUUACGACUCUGAAACAUAUGAUGUUGGUUUGGAAGAUCUGGAUAUCCUAUAUGACUAUGAUGAAAAUCUGUCUGUUGAUCAGGCACAGGUAGAGAUUGGAACAGUAGUACCAUCUGUAACUCGAGAGAUUUAUUUACCUUCUCCACUGCCAGAAGAACCCGAAGAAGAAGCAUCCACACCUAAGCUUAUUGAUGGCUCUUCACCUCAUGGACCAGGAGUUCUUGGUCCCCAUACACAUGAAGGCCUCCCAACUUGUCUUCUGUGUAUGUGCCUAAGUACUUCUGUCUACUGUGAUGAUCGUGAACUCGAAGACCUUCCCCCCUUGCCAAAGGAAACCACACAUUUCUACUCUCGCUAUAACAGAAUCAAAAGGGUCAACAGGGAUGACUUUGCUAACCUAAGCAACUUAAAAAGGAUUGACUUGACUUCAAAUUUUAUAUCUGAAAUUGAUGAAGAUGCCUUCAGGAAACUACCACAACUUCAGGAACUGAUACUUCGAGAUAACAAGAUAAGGCAGCUUCCAGAAUUACCACCAACCUUGAUAUUCAUUGAUAUUAGUAACAACAGGCUUGGUCGCAAAGGAAUCAAACAAGAAGCAUUUAAAGAUAUGUUUGACUUGCACCAUCUUUACAUCACUGAUAACAACUUGGAUCAUAUCCCACUUCCACUCCCUGAAAGCCUCCAGUCUCUUCAUCUGCAGAACAACAAUAUACAAGAGAUGCAUGAAGAUACUUUCUGCAAAAUGAAGGAUUAUUCUUACAUCCGCAAAUCUCUCGAAGACAUCAGGCUAGACGGCAAUCCCAUUAAUCUGAGCAAAACCCCUCAUGCGUACAUGUGUCUACCCCGUCUGCCUGUUGGGAGCCUCUUUUAGGCUUAGGCCAUAACGAAAAUGUCAUGUAACAUAAUUUCUUUUGCAAGUAUGCUUUCUAAAGCAAACUGCUUCAAAUGCUUGUGACAGUAUGAUAUGGUUGUAUUGGUGUAAAAUAAUAAGUAAACAGUUGCAGUCAGUAACGCACAGUGCUGAAUACUAAUUCAUUCUCUAUUAAAGUAUACCAUGCUUCCAUAUUGUAACCAGUGCAUUGUAAUCAGUGCAGAAUAGCCGACAUGAUAACUAUGAUGAAAGGAGAAGGGAAUGAAUAAGAAUUAGAGAAACUGAAUAUUAAUGAUACAUGGUUCAUAAUUUUAUCCACAUUAAAAUUGUAAUAGUAAAGCUAUAAGAAUUGUAUAUAAAUAGAAAAUGACCCAUGUUACCUUGUUUUUAAUCAUAUUCUAUAUGUAAAGCUUUUCAAUAAUUUUUUUCAUAAAAAUGUAACAAAAGUCCUGUCUGGAUGAAACCAAAGCUCCAUAUAGGCCAGCGUCCUACUUGCUAUAGAGGGCAGCUAGGUGCCAGAUCAGGUUAUUUUACUAAAACAUUAAUAUUAAAAAUAAAUAUACUCUCUUGUAAAAUGUUGAACACUGCUUUGUACUAGAGAGGAAACAUGGAAACCGUCCUUAUACUGUAUAAGUAAAAAAAUGUACACCAAG